GUAUCAGUCGGCGAUUAGAUCGUUUGCACAGAAACAUGGCUGUACGUCUGUUUGAGGGUCAAGAUCAUGCAGCUGCUUACCAGCAGUACAGAGUGACACCUGAUGAAUUAAUCAGCAGGAUUAUGAGUUACAUGGAGAAAAAGACACCAAACCAGUUCAACCUUGCGCUGGAUGUUGGCUGCGGGUCGGGACAAGGCACGAUCCUUUUGGCGCCAUACUUCAACAAGGUUGUCGGAACAGACAUCAGCCCUGCCCAGCUGGAGCAGGCUCGGGCCAAUAGGAACCCUCCAAAUGUGUCAUACAGGGAGUGUCCAGCAGAAGAACUACCAUUUGCUUCUGGAGAGGUGGACCUUGUGACGGCCAUGACGGCAGCCCACUGGUUCGACCGCAAGAAGUUCCUCCUGGAAGCUGACCGGGUGCUGAGGCCUGGAGGCUGCCUGGCUCUCCUCAGCUACACCAUGGACUUUGAGCUGGAAUAUGGGGACAUCUCCAACACGCUCAACGAAAUCUGUAAAGAGUUUUAUGCUGCCCUGUUUCCGUACCGAGACCCCUAUCUCGGAACGAGUUCUGUGAAGAUCUACUCAGACAUGUUUGACUCCUGCUCAUACCCGGACAAAGAGUGGAAUGAAUGUCUGAGGAUAAAAAGGAACUUACCCCUGAACCGAUACAUCAGCAUGGUGGAAACCUUCGCCACCUACCGGAGACUGGUACGAAAGGACCCCGCUGAGGCUGGACGUCUUUCCGCUGACGUCAGGAACAAGUUGAUGUCUGCCAUGAACGUGUCUUCCCCUGACACAGAAGUGACAAUGGUUGUGAAGUAUUUCUACUGGCUGGCACACAAACCUUGAUCACUCUGACUGGCUGAAUCCUGUACACCAGAUCCCCACCCCAAGGUUGAAGUCCAUAGCUGUAAUUUUCCUACACUGAGAAAUAUUGUGCUGAAUAUGCACCUUUAGAGGUACAACAACUUGUCACUAGGGCUUCAUCCUCUAAGGUGCAACUCUGAAAGCCUUGACAUUGGCAUUGGAACAUACAGAACAUGUGUAUAAAAGAUAUAUUACCUAGAGGUCCAAUUAAAAGCCCUAUCAGAAAUAGGGAACGGUAGGAGGUCCUUUCUAUUCCACAAGGUACAAUCUACAUUAAUGUACCCCCAAGGGCUAAUUAUUGGACCUUAACUAACAACGUGUCCUUUUUGAGGUCCAAAAAGGCACAUGCAAUAUAUGUUGCCAAGUUAUCAAGGGUACAACAGCUGUACCUUAGAGGGUACUGCCCCAGUGCCAAGCCAUUGUACCCCUGGAGGUACAAAUUGAUCACAUUAUUUCUGUAAGUGCCUGAGUGUGGUAAUCUAUUGGUGCUAUUCCUUGGAAAACAAGCAUUUUCUUUUGAAUAAGUUAAUUGAUUUUGGAUUAUGACACAAAUACUGACAUUUGUAAAUACAGAACCUCUCAGUGUGAGCACUAGAUGGAGCCCUGUCAUACAAUGCUUAAUCAGUGUCUAAUUAAAGUCCAAUUUGAGCCUCAUUGAAAGUCUUAUAAUUGUACUUUUCUUGAAUUAACUUCAUAUUUCCUGAACAUUCAUGUCAAGAUUUUCACACCAUUUGUAUUUGACAACAAUGCAGCAUAAUUAUGAGCUCUAAUUAUGAUUAUUUUUAAUCUAAUUAUACAGCUAAUUCUUUUAUUCAAUCUUUAUUUAACCAGGAAAUAUCCCAUUGAGAUUAAGAACCUCUUUUUCAAGGGAGCCCUGGCCAAGAGGCAGCAAACACAGACCUUAAACGUGUUGUGAGAAACAAGUGCUUAUUGUGGAGUUGGCCACAAUAACUCUCAGUUUGGUUUUAAAAGUGCUCAAAGAAAUUAAGUCAGUUAGUUUCCAGUCUUUCUGUAGCAUAUUCCAGCAUGAGGUGGAGAGUAAACAAAUGCCCUUUUACCCAACUCUAUACGAGCAGAAGGGACAGAAAGCAACAAUUGAUCUUUUGACAGAAGACAAUAAGAUCCAGCAUUUCUCAGAGUAAUUAAGGUGCAAAUGUAUGAAGGCAGCAGUCCCAAUAUUGCCUUAAAAAUGAAAGUAUACCAUUGACUAGCCCUUGGAGUGGCCACAGCAGGCCAUCCUACUAUAUGGUGGCCAUUUCCUUCACAUCAAAAAGAAGGACACUUAACAUACACGGGGAUACUCAAGCAGAUAUUUGUUUGGUAUGAUCUGGUUUUAAGCAGAGUUGUACUCCGAUUAGCUUGAUGCUAGUCAGUGCUAGCAUGUCUCUCGAUAGCUGCUUUGCCUUUGCUGCUCACAUCUACAUCGCUUCCAUAUAAUGUACAAAAAAAUGAAACUCAUCCCUCUUACUUUUUGUAACAAACCCGUGUUCUCUUGCCGAUUCCAGGUUAAAGGAGGUCUUUCGCUUUGGCAUUUUCAGACUUCCAGUUUGAGAGCUUGAUUGACAGCCUGGUGGUAGCAACUGGGUUAGCCUAGUUGAUAGGUCAGCACAGGAAAAUGUAACCAAUGAAAUUACUUAUUUUGACACAGCUUUUUUGACACACAGUUUUAGCCAAUAAGUAUUAAACUAACAAGGUAACGUGUCAAAAGACGGACCUUUUUUGUUAUUUCCUUAAAAGGAAGAAAAUCAGUGUCAUGAGUGGCAUUUAAAAGCCGGACUGUCCGGCCUAAAGCCGGACGAAUGGCCACCCUAUUCUACCAUGAGACAAAAGUAAGUUGCCUGUUUAUGUUGUCACUCUAAAAUUUUGUAUUCAAGCAACACAGGGUGAGUAAUGGAUUUUAGUUUUAUGCUAUACUCAUCUAGACACGCCUGGGCCACCAUGGCCAUGGUGGUAGUGGGGUAAAAGUGUGAGUCAGACAUAUAUGCACUCUGAUGUCUGGGAGUUAACUGGCUCAGAGCAGCUUAAACUUGAUCAGUUUGGGGUCAAGGGUCUUGCUCGGGGGCAACUCAGUAUAUAGUCAUGGGAGAGGAGAGUGUCCUGGAAGGGUCCACUGAGCGGAUACUACAGCUUCCAGAAUGUGUUAUAAAAGGACCCCACUGAGGCUUUCUAAUGACACCAGGAACAAGUGAGAAAUUAACCUCCACCUCAUCCACAAGUCUAAUCGUUAACUUCUCCCACCUCCACUCCCCGGGCGCCGCACGUUGAUCUCUUAAUCUCCACCUAAAUUCAUUUAUCAUUAUCAAAAACUGCUGAAAUUCGUCUUUGAAUACUGUCACAGUCUCGGGCAUUAAUCAGAAAAGCCAAACACUGCUUGACUAAGCUUAACUGUUGAAGGCUUUUACUGCUUUGAUAAUAUAGCCACCAUUAAUUCCCCUGCCACUGACGGGACAGAAUAACCCAGCAAGCAAAAUAUAUGGAGGGGAAGUGCUGAGCCAUAACUUUUACAUGGAUAAAAAAAAAGUAUGACAUUGUAUUUAAUUACUAUCACAGUUUGGGAAGAUUUACACAUAGUUCUGCUCUCUGUCUCUAGAGUUGUUUUGUCUUGUAGGGGGGGCGGCGGCAAAGUUCAAUUAGUUUCAAGUCUUGAUUCAUUAUUAGUCCAUUAAUAAUCAAGUUAGAUCUCAUUAACUAUAUGGAGUCUUAGGCUAUUUUGUCCAUUUUUGAAUCCUUUUCAUGUCUUUUCGUGUCUUUUUUUGGGUAAUUUGUGUAUUUUUUGUGUUUUUUUUAGUCAUUUUGUGUCUUUUUUGGUCAUUUUGUGCCUUUUUUGUUUUUUUUUUUGGUCAUUCUUUCUGAUCAUUUUGUGUCAUUUUGGUCAUUUUGUGUCUUUUUUUAGUCAUUUUGUGUCUUCUUGUGUGUUCUUUUGGUCAUUUUGUGUCUUUUUUAGUCCUUUAGUCCAACAUAAAAUGUGAUUUUGAAUCUUUUUUUUAAACUUUCAAAACACUAUCAUGCUCAAUAAAGAAUUUUAAAUGUUGCAAAUGUGAACAAAGGUUGCAAAUAUAACAUAUAAGAGGGUUACAUCCAGUUCUAUUAUUUUAUACUAAAUAUAUUUGAGCUUGAAGAAGUCAUGAUUUGGCGCUUUUGGAGACUCCAGAGGGUUAAACCACUAUGCAUCUUCUUAGUCUUCCAUUGCAGGUUGAUGUUGCCAAUGAAGGUGUCUGAUGGUGGUUGUGGAGUAUUGUAUGAGUAUAUAAACCGAUAUUAAUCUGACUGGCUGAGUCCUGUACACAAGAUCCCGCUUCCCAGGGGGAAACCCACAGCUGUUGGUUUCAUCCAGGCUUCUAAAUAUUCCCCUCUGUUAAUACAGAGGCUUCUAGAGUGAACACUAGAUGGAGCCCUGCCAAACUGUGAUGGAUGUGUCCACUUUGGGCCUCAUGUGCAGUUUUAAAAUUGUAUCUUACUUUCGUGAAACAACUACAAAUCAAUUCAAACAGACAUAUUGGUGUAGUUAAACGUAAUUCUAAAUGCUAAUUAGCAGCUAUACAGCUCCAGCACCAAGUGAAACAGAUACUGGAGAGAAAACAGUGUGCUACUAAUGCUAAAAACCUACACACAAUCUGGUUUCUUAUGACAAAAAGACUACAAAGAGACCAAAGCGACUAAAAACAUAAUAAAAACAGUUGAAAAGAGAUACAAAGAAACACAGAUCUGCUAUGAAAGGGGUUGAAUAAACACCAAAGAGACACAAAAUGACUACAAAGAGACAUGGGAUGACAACAAUUAGGUGCUAAAUUACUUCAAAGUCAUAUAAAAUUACCACAAAACCACAGAAAGAUGCAAAAUGGCUACAAAAAACACAAUACAACUCUAAAAUAGAGACACUUAAUAACUACAAAGACACAAAAUGAUUACAGAGAAACAAAACAACUUUAAAGAGACAAAGUAGCUACAAAGAGAUGCAAAACAAACACAAAACAACCACGAAGAGACACUUAUGACUACAAAGACACAAAAAGAUUACAGAGACACAAAACAAUGACAAAGAGACACAAAAUAACUACAAAGAAACACAAAACGAUUAUAAAAGAGACACAAAAUGACUACAGACACUUAUGUACAAAGACACAAACCUAUUACAGUCAAAACAACAACAAAGAGACACAAAACAACUACAAAGAAACACAAAAUGACUAUAAAAGAGACACAAAACAACUACAAAGAAACACAAAAUGACUACAAAGACACAAACAAUUAUUACAGUCACAAAACAACAACAAAAAUACACAAAACAACUACAAAGAAACACAAAACGACUAUAAAAGAGACACAAAACAACCACAAAGAGACACUUAAUGACUACAAAGACACAAAAUGAUUACAGAGACACAAAACAAUGACAAAGAAACACAAAACGACUAUAAAAGAGACACAAAUGGGACUACAAAUAGACAAAAAUGACUAUAAAAGACACAAAAUGACACAAAAUGGCGACAUAAAGAGGCAAAACAACUGUAAAGUCUGAGUGUCUUUCUUCUAUGUAGAUGAGCUGUUUGGGCCCUUUGAAUGCCUGAAAGUCUCAAUUUUCUACUCUCCCUUAUUCACCUUUCUUCCAAAUGUCUAACAAUAAUCUAUCCCAGUCACUGGUGUCUCAGAGUAUCCUCGUCUCUUUAGUUAUUUAUGUGUUCACAGAUUGUUUAGGGCUAUGAGAACAGAUGGUAAUUAACAUGCAUGGCCUCCAAAUCCCUUGAAUCUCAAAGACCUUUAUUACUUUCCCCUGCCAAACUUUGACACUCUCACAUGGGCGAAUUCUAUUUUUGUACUAAAAAGAGCAUUUAUCAUAUAUAAUUGUAUUAAAGACAUGCAAUCAUCUAAACAUUCAUAUUCAUACCAAUAUAGGAAUAAAACAAGUGCAUUAACUUACAUCUUAUGAUAAGGACCAAUUCAAAGUAU